AAAACAUCAAUUUUCCCUCCAUUUCAAAAUCAAUAAUCAUGCCUAAUAAUUUAGCAACAUCUUUUUCUUGUCAAUUAGUCUUGGUAAUUGACCUAUUUAUAAUUAUAUCUCCUUCUUCAGCUUAUAAUGUGGUCAGUUUCGGAGCUAGAGGCGACGGAAGAACAGAUUCCACGUCAGCAUUUCUCCGGGCAUGGACCGCCGCGUGCAACUCAGUCACACCAGCGUCGGUUUCCGUCCCUAGAGGAAUAUUCCUGAUUAGAUCCGUUUCGUUUGUGGGGCCGUGCAAGAACCGAAUCCUCUUCCAAAUAAGUGGAACUCUAGUGGCUCCUGAUAACUACAACGUUGUCGGGAACUCACAGUUUUGGAUUCUGUUCUAUAAGGUCAGCCGAUUAUCUGUCGUCGGAGGAAUCAUCGAUGCUAAAGGAUCCAAGUUCUGGUCCUGUCGGAGAAGCGGAGGCAACUGUCCUCGCGGAGCAAGGUCGAUAUCGUUCCAAUGGUGCAGCAACGUGAUAGUCAACGGUUUGUCAUCGUUCAAUAGCCAGACGGUUCACAUGGCGAUUAACGAAUGCAGUAAUAUGAAGAUACAAAAUAUGAAGAUCACUGCACCGAGCGGAAGCCCGAAUACAGACGGGAUCCACAUAGAGUCAUCAAGGGGAGUUACAAUCACGGGCUGCACAAUUAGGACCGGAGACGACUGUAUAUCAAUCGGGCCUGGAUCCAUGAACAUGUACAUGGACAAUAUCGGAUGUGGGCCCGGACACGGAAUCAGCAUUGGAAGCCUAGGCAAUGGUUUUAAUGAAGACGGAGUACAGAACGUGACGGUAACAAAUUCCGUCUUCACAAAGACGCAAAACGGCGUUCGUGUGAAAUCGUGGGCCCGGCCGAGUGGCGGCUAUGCCAAGAAUCUAGUCUUCAAGAAUCUUAUAAUGAGAAAUGUGGCAAACCCUAUAAUCAUUGAUCAAAGAUACUGCCCUGGUAACAGUUGCCCUCAUCAGAGUUCUGGAGUGAGAGUGAGCCAAGUGACGUACAAAAACAUAAAGGGAUCUUCGUCGACGCAGGCGGCGAUGACUUUCCGUUGCAGUUCGACGAACCCGUGUAGCGGAAUACGGUUGCAAGAUAUUAAGCUGACUUAUGUGAAUACUUUGAAGAGGCCUACUGUUUCUUACUGUGAGAAUGCAGGAGGAUCUACCACUGGUGCUGUGCUUCCAAGAAGCUGCUGGUAGUAUAUUUAUUUAGAUAAAAUUAAAUAAAUUAAAAAAUAUUUACACGUGUAAGAUUGUUGAUUUAUUUAUCCAAGUAUGAUUGAUUAGUCAAAAAUAAAUUGAAUUAGUUACGUGUGAUGGACCAUAUAGUAUUGACUAUUCAAGAACGAGAGUAGAAGAUAUAGAAAGAAUUCAUUUCUCCCACAAUUUAUAAUAUCAAAUUGUGCACGUCUUUCCCUAGCUAGUGUAAACGAGAUUGAGCAAUUAGGCUCGAUUCAAUUUUUUUUUUUCUUUUAAAAAAUUCGGAAUAAUCCCACCAAAUAAAAAUUCGGAAUAAUCUAGAAACUUAAAAUUGUGCCACCAUGUUUGACUAUUAAUUUUAGACUUAAUAAUUGAACCAAACUAAGAUGAUAGCAUCAAUUCUCCAAGAUUCUACCGUUUAUGUGAAGUCCUUAUCACUUAGGUAUUUAUCAAUUUAGAAGACGAAUUUAUCCCACGUGUGAAACAUGUUAACA